GUCCCUUCCUGGGAGUGUUAUCGGAGUGAAGGAGGUAGAAGUGUGAGUUUCAAUCCUCAGACUUCAUCUGACGAAGCAGUUUGGGGCUUAAUAAAAUUAGUUUUUGAACUAGUCAGUAACCAAUUACCAGAGCCAGCAUCUUGGCUUUGCCCUUUCAGGCUGUCUGUGGUCCCUGGAAGACACUUGCUUUACCAUCUCCAACCCAUGAAGAGGAUGGACAGGAACAUGGUGAGGGGACCGCUGUAUAAGCAGUUCGACUUGGAGAGAAAGACUGCCAAGCAAGCUGAAGCCAGACUCAGCCUUAGGCUACAGAGGCUGGACAUCAUCUGCCUCUAUCACGUGAAGUCACUGGCCAGGGAGGAGAGGCAACUUCAGAAGGAACUGCAGAGGCUGCAGCAAGCAAAUAUCAUCAAGAAAAAGUUCUCGUCUUAUGUGGGGAAUGGAAUUCAGAAGAGAUCAAAAGACGUUGUCACAUUCUCGCCACAAACAGGACAGAGGCACAUAGUCCCAGAGCCUAAAACUAGAGCACUGAAAACCAAUAUUAUCCAAGAAGUUAAAACUAAGAUUCAGGUGACCUCUUUACCUGACACUGCCCUCAAAGAUGCCUUGAGAGGCCAAGAGCACAUGGAAUCUCAACAUGACAGAAGCAGCUGCUGCAAGGAAGGGAACUCACAAGGAAGAGAGAGAGAGUCUGAAAAUCCACUUAAAGGCAUGGACCCCAGGGAUGUCUCUGUCCCGUGCCAUGACCAAGAGGUUCCCACCAACAAGACAGAAGAUAGCCGCCAUGUGUCCAGCCCAGGUGGUGAGAGCCGGUCAGCAUCUGCUGAUGAGACUGGAUCAAAAAAUGCCAGUCGAAAGCCGCACGGGGAUGCUGGGGCACAAAGUCUCCAGAGUACCGCUGAAUAUCCAGGAAGCUUCAAAGGUGAAUGCACAAAGUCAACCUUCCUAGAGUUGUUUACAAAGGCCAAAAAUGCCCACUAUCUCCGCCACAGGGUGCCCCCUGAGUCUGAGAGGAUGCUUAGCAUCCGGGAGAUAUUUGGACACAGUGAUUCCUCACUACCCAGAGUGGGGGAAAAUCCGUGAAAAUGGUGCCAAGGUCCUUCUUCUCUGCCUGUGUAAUGUAGCCUGACCAUAACAUGUACAGUGGUCACUAUGGAAAUGUGACCCUCAAAUGGCUGCAGAAGCAACGCACAUAAAUAAACAGAAGUGCAAUGUCCUUUUGCAUCAUUAGGGCCCCUUACCCUUUUAUGUGGUCUUUAUCUUAAUAAGCAAUGUUAUUAUGAAAAGG